AUGGUAUCGGACGAGAAAGACGGGCAGCUAAAGCGGAAAACGAAUGAGGAUGAGACGAGAGGAUCGAAUCCGAAGCGAGCGAGAGAAAUGGAGCCCGGCCCGUCGACACUCCUUCAGCGACUUUCGUGCGGCGAUUUGGACGGCGUCGAUGGAAUCGAUGAAUCGCACGCGCGGCUCCGCAAUCGCACACAUUCCGAGUUCGCGCCGACGCGAGUCUCGCUCGACUCGACGACGCCGCCGACGACGAAAUCGGCGUUGCCGACGCGAUUGCGACGGCGCAACCUAUCGACGUCGGAAGUCGUCAAUCGGAGCCUUUUGGGCAAUUUCACCGAAAGCGCGCUGAACGGCCGCCUCGAUCCGGUCACCGUUCUCGACGGCUUCAGCCUUCAGAUGGUGGCGAGCUCGCCGACCUACACGGGACCCCAUCAGACGUUGCCGAUAACCGUCUACUUUUUCGAUUUGAACACCACCGGCGACGCGUUCUUCUCAUCAGCACCGGUGCCUUAUUUGGGUCGAUGCGAGCUCGGGCACGAGUAUCGAAUUCCGCGAAGGGGUCAAAUCCAGUGUGUUCUGUUCAAUCCGCAGCGUACCGUCGUCAAAAUGUUUCUGACGCCGUAUGACGUGGAGGAUAUGCCGCCGAACGCGAAGACGUUCAUUCGACACGUUUGGCAUUGGCAUGUUGCCAAUCAAAUUGGAGCUCCCAAGCAUUUACAGUACCUCAUUCAUUAUAGAUUGGCGUCGGAUCGCCGAAAUCGAGUGUACCUGCACACCGACAUUCGCAUUCUGUUCGCGCAGGACUCGGCGCGCGACGCUCUUCUGCUUCCGAUCGACGGCGACGGCACACCGGGUUACUGUAUUCGCGAUCGCGUCGAGAUGCCGACGAACCCGAAAUAUUCGCAAGCGAAAUAA